AUGGCCCACCUGGGAGCCCAUUUUGCCUUUAGAUCCCGCUGGCAGAAGACCGAUGAUGAACUCUGUCGACAUAGCAUGUCCUUUAUCCUUCACAAAGCCAUUCGCAAUGACUUCUUUCAGAGCUAUCUCUACCUGCUGGAAAAAAUCCCCCUGGUAAAACUGUAUGCUUUAACAAGCCAAGUCAUUGACGGUGAGAUGCAGUUCUAUGCCAGAGCUAAGCUUUUCUACCAAGAGGUACCAGCCACAGAAGAAGGCAUGAUGGGAAAUUUUAUUGAACUAUCCAAUCCAGACAUCCAGGCCUCUCGUGAAUUUCUUAGGAAAUUUGUUGGGGGGCCAGGGAGAGCAGGAACUGGCUGUGCCUUGGACUGCGGCUCUGGAAUAGGAAGGGUCAGCAAGCACGUCUUGUUGCCUGUUUUCAGCAGCGUUGAACUGGUGGAUAUGAUGGAAUCCUUCCUCCUUGAAGCCCAGAACUACUUGCAGGUUAUCGAGGACAAAGUUGAAAGCUACCACUGUUACAGCCUACAGGAAUUCACGCCUCCCUUAGGAAGAUAUGAUGUCAUCUGGAUUCAGUGGGUUUCAGGGUACCUGACUGAUAAGGACCUCCUUGCGUUUCUUUCCCGGUGCCGAAGUGGCCUGAAAGAAAAUGGCGUCAUCAUCCUGAAGGACAAUGUGGCACGGGAAGGCUGUAUCUUCGACCUAUCUGACAGCAGUGUGACUCGGGACAUGGACAUCCUCCGAAGCUUGAUUAGGAAGAGUGGGCUGGUGGUUCUGGGCCAGGAGAAGCAAGAGGGCUUCCCUGAGCAGUGUGUUCCAGUGUGGAUGUUUGCUCUGCAUAGUGAUAGACGGUCCUGAUCAGCAGCGGGGGUGAACAAACAGACCGGACAGCGGUGCUUUGCUUCAGGACUGGGUCUAUCUCCAAGGUGUCCUAUGUGAUGCAGACGUUUGGAAAGAAGGGAUACAGUGCAUGUCUAGAAUGAGUGAUGAUGUAGUACGUACAUGCUGUUGCUAACACAAUGCACAUGCUGUGGUGUGUACACAUUUAUGUAUGUACUUACUAUACUGAGAGAUUCACAGAUGCUGUGGAUUUUCUGAGGGAGUAAAACACCAGCGAAGGGCUUUAAUGAGCUUCCUGUUUACACCUGAAUGCGCAAGCACGUAUGAAGACCUGAAAAAGAUACAACACUCACAGAUUAUAGACUGUGUUCGUCACUGAUGGUUUGGAUUAUAUACAAUUGAUCACAGAAUGGGGUAGAAAGUCCACACCCCUUUCCCUGCCCUUGUGUCAGCCACAUCACAUGUACUUCCUCUUUGCUUUUAUAGCUUCUCUUGAACAAACCUAAUUAAGAAGGUACAAGUCAAAUAAUCUUAUGAAAACAAGUUUAUUAAUUUUGUCUUCAGCCCUUCUUUUGGCAGAAAACGUAUAUGGUUUCACUGUCUAUUUUGGGACAGUUUUACUACCAAUGACAUAACAUGGAUGUAAUUUAAUUACAGAUACUGGCAUUACCAUGUCGAAGUGUCUCCUUUCAGGAGAAAAUGUUAGACACUGAA